GAAAUGCCCCUUAAAGAAGAAUCUAAAAGUGCGGUUCCUUGUGAAGAAGUUCAACAAAGAACGCGCUCUUCUCGUGAAGUUAGCUUGGUGGUGCGUUGCAGUACUUUUUUCACACGCUCUGUUUCUCUCUCCCUCUCUCUUUACCAAUCCAAAAUUCCCUCUCCGAUCGAGAGUAAACCCUAGUAGGUGAGAGAGAAUGAGCAGAGGUUCCACGCCGGAGCUGGAUUGCAGGAACUGAAGAUUCGGAAGCUGCAACACAGGGAUUUGUUGUUGUCUCAAGAAGUCAUGACGGGCCGAGGAUCAUCGGGAAGGACGCCGACAUGGAAAGAAAGGGAGAACAAUAAGAGGAGAGAGAGGCGACGGAGGGCCAUUGCUGCUAAGAUCUACACUGGCCUUAGAGCUCAAGGGAACUAUAAGCUUCCUAAGCACUGUGACAACAACGAAGUCUUAAAGGCACUCUGUAAUGAAGCUGGUUGGGUGGUUGAGGAAGAUGGCACAACCUAUCGCAAGGGAUGCAAGCCACCUCCGAUUGAUAUUGGCACUUCUGCUAAUAUGAGCGCCUGUUCUUCGCUUCAACCGAGCCCGCAGUCUUCAUGCUUCCCAAGUCCUGUACCAUCGUACCACGCCAGUCCUUCUUCAUCCUCUUUUCCAAGCCCGACUCGAUUUGAUGGGAAUCCAUCUUCUUAUCUUCUGCCAUUUCUUCAAAAUAUAUCCUCUAUUCCUGCUAAUCUACCUCCUCUUAGGAUAUCCAACAGUGCACCUGUCACGCCACCUCUUUCUUCCCCAACUUCAAGGGGUUCGAAGCGAAAGCCAGAUUGGGAGUCCAUUCCAAAUAGCUAUGUGACCUCUUUCCGUCAUCCACUUUUUGCUGUCUCUGCUCCUUCAAGUCCUACAAGAUGCCACCAUCUUACACCGGCAACAAUUCCAGAAUGUGAUGAAUCUGAUGCUUCAACUGUAGAUUCUGGCCGCUGGGUCAGUUUCCAGACUGUGGCACCUUCUGUGGCUCCUCCUUCGCCUACAUUUAAUCUGAUGAAACCGGUUAGCCAGCAAAACUCUCUCCAAGAUGCAGUUGACAGACAUGGAACGAUGGGCUGGGGUGCUACAUCUGAUAGGACACGUGGCUCUGAGUUUGAAUUUGAGAAAUUUGAGAGUGGCACAGUGAAGCCAUGGGAGGGUGAGAGAAUUCAUGAAGUUGGGGUUGAUGAUCUUGAGCUUACUCUUGGAGGUGGGAAGGCCCGUGGUUAAGCAUCCCCUUGAAGAUAUUUAUUUCAAGAACUUAAGUGCCUGCUCUUUAAAGGUUAUUGGUUUAUGUUCACAAAAUACGUUUACUUUCUUAGCUUGGUCUUGCUCUUCUGCUACCGUUAGACCGAUCCUGGUUUGCCUUCAUUUGAACAGUUCCUUUCCCUUGGAGCCCUUGCAAAAAUCUGAACUUGUUACAUCUUAUUCUGGAAGAGCAAAUCAAUAUUUGAGCCAAGGCCCAGGAAAAGGAUAACAUUUGGUGCUGAUAAAUGAGAAGAACAAAUUCAAUUGUGAUGGUUAUAUAUUUUUCCUUCCAUUGGAGCGCUUUCAAUUUUUUCAGGAUCUUAUGAUCCUUAGAGAUAGCCCACCUGUAUCAGAAAUUUCUUGUAUAUAGAAUCUCUAAUUCAUCUUGUUUGGCAUUAUUGAUAAGAAUUCCCUUUGCAGAACGUGAAAUGAACAUUACCCAUUUUCUUCCUGAUCA